UCUCUCUCUCUCUCUCUCCCUCAGGAGCCUGAAGAGGAAGAGAUGUGCUUCAGGCUAAACCAGCGGCCCCUGCUGUCUGUGUUUGCUUUGGAGGAGUUUGAGUUCCCUGCUAGUGUACAUCUCCAGAAAAUGCCCCUUUUCCCCAAGUGGCGUCUGCCUCUCAAGCUUACAGCUCUUGUCAUGGCCGUGGCCUUUAUCUACACGUUCCUGCGAGAUGUUCUGCAGCCCUUUGUGUCUCAGGGAAAAAAUGAUUUCUACAAGAUCCCCAUCCUGGUGCUCAAUAAAGCACUGCCCUACACCGCUAUCACGUUGCUGAGCCUGGUCUACCUGCCAGGGGUGCUGGCAGCUCUGCUGCAGCUGCACAGAGGCACUAAAUAUAGGCCUUUCCCUGUUUGGCUGAAAAACUGGAUGAGUGGGAGGAAACACAUUGGUCUUCUGGCUUUCCUAUUGGCUUGCCUCCAUUCCAUUUACAGUCUGACUUACCCAAUGAGACGCUCUUACAGGUACAAGGUCCUCAACUGGGCCUUCCAGCAGGUGAAACAGAAGAAGGAGAACUCGUGGGUGGAGGAUGAUGUCUGGAGAAUGGAGAUUUACAUCUCCCUAGGGAUCCUAGCACUGGGUAUUCUGGCCUUGGUGGCCAUCUCCUCCCUGCCCUCUGUUAGUGGCUUGCUUAACUGGAGAGAAUUCCAAUGCAUCCAGAGAACUCUGGGAUUCGCAGCUCUGCUCCUGUGCACAGCUCAUGCUCUGGUGUAUGGCUGGAAGAAAUGGGUGGAGCUAAAUCACUAUGUGUGGUACACACCUCCAUCAUUCAUACUGGCAUCCUUCCUACCAUCUCUGGUCUUACUGCUCAAGGCUCUGCUGGCUAUACCCUACUUAGACAAGAAACUGGAACGCAUUCGACAAGGUUGUGAAAGACCAGGGCAAAGGACAAUGUCAGAAAAGGACUCCAUCUGACUCUCUUAUGUUUGUCUAAAUAUGUGUCUAUGGUGAAUGUAGCAUAUGUUCCUGAGUCUUGGUUUUGCUUUGCGGUGUGCAUUUUUACGCUAUUGUAUUAUGUACAAUAUUGCAA